UCAUUAAAAAGUAGCAGAUAACACGCAGGACUAACACCUCAACCGAGUCAAAUUUAGUCCUCGACAGACAUCGAACACGUAAAAACACUUUUUUUCUGUGCCUUGCGACAAUUUGGUCACUUUUGUGGUCAAAUAAACGAUCUUUUAUCUUCGAUAACUAUUUGUUCUAGUUAUCGUAUGUGGUUGGUUGUUUCAAUAAAAAAACCGCGUUUUACGUAGAAUAUUGCAAACAAACAUAAUAUAAAGUUGGUUUAUAAUGUGUUUAUUACAUUAUUAUUUUUCGCCACAAUUAACAUACUUUUUAGUUGUGGAUUAUAUUAAUUGAUUUACGCUCAGGUUUACAAUUUAAAAUGGCUGUGACAACAUUGAAAGAGGCAAUAGCGCCUAUUAGAUGGCUGAACUGCAUAUUUUGUAUGGGAGUAUUCGAGAUACCUAUAAAUCGUCCACGAUUUCUUCUAAGUGCUUUUUACGUCGUUUUGGCAACAAUUGGAUAUUUUCUUUUUCUUUUCAAAGGAAUGCAAGUUUUCGAGGAAGCAUUCUCUUACGAGUUUAUCAUAUUCUAUUUUGUCUUAACGGUCAACAUCUUAGUGGCUUCUUCGGCUAUAAUAUUGUUCUGGUGCAAAUCAGAGAAUUUAAAUAAUAUAGUUAAGAGAUGCAGUAUCGCGGACAACACUUUAGAGACAUUAGGCAUAAAAAAAAGUUACCCAAAACUCUUCCGUUCCAUUUUAACUUUUAUGAUUGGUUGGCUAGUUGCCAUGAUAUUAUUAAACAUUAUGCAUGUAAUGUGGAUGUAUCGCGAUGUCGGAUACUGGUUCACUAUUUAUAGCGAUAUAUGCUUUUGUCUUCCGAUUAUGAUAAAUUCUGUGGUGGAUCUUACUUUCACUGCACUUAUCAGCAAGAUUGAUUGAUGCAAGAUUACGUGGUAGGUGUGUUCAAGUAAAAUUGCAGAAUACAAAUAUUUUGCUUAACAAUGUAGUAGUCUGCGCAAAUGAGUUAUGUGUUUAUAAGAUUCAUGAUGAUUAUGAGAACAAACCUAUUACAAUGGUCAGAACAUAUUAUAAAAAUCGCAAAGACAAGAUACUGCAUCUUAUACAGACGUUAAGACAUUUGCAUCAAGAAAUUACGAGAAUAGGACGAGCAAUUAACGAAACUUUUUGUCUGCAACUUCUGCUCGAAUUGGCGGUCCAUUUUACCGUAGUAACUGCAACUACUUAUUGUUUAUAUGCCUCAUUGAUCGGACAUAUAAAUUGGCAAAUCAAGGGCGAGAAGAUCAUUGCGAUGAUAGUCUGGGGAAGUGUGUAUGUGUUUAAAAUCAUAUUUGUGAAUAAUCUUUGCGCUAAUAUAUCAGUUGAGGCAUAUAAAACGGGUGAAAUUAUACAAUCUUUUGGAGGACCUCUCAUCGAUAAUGAUAUAAAAGACGAGAUUCAUCAAUUUACACAACAAAUAGUGCUUAAUUCAUUAAAGUUCACCGCUUUUCGCUUCUUUACACUUGACAAUUGUUUCACUGGCAAGUUCUUUGCUACGGUCACGACGUACGUAGUUAUCCUGAUACAAAUGAAUGCACCAGUAUCAACAAAUGAAGAUGAAAGUCUAUAAGUAUAUGACGAUUUAUUACAUAAAAAUUCAAAAAUAUUAUAACAAUGCUAUACAUUAAUACUUAUUAGUUUAAG